GGGAAGAGGAGAGGAUGAGGGAGGGCAAGGAAGAGAGUAAAAAAACGGGAGGAGGGGGGGUGAAGAGCACUUGUAGUUUCCAAGAUUUGGGCACCGAUGUUCGGUUUCGGAGGCGGGGGUUCCACAAGACAACAGAAAGAAGAAACGAGGAAGAAGAAGAAGGAAGAGAAGAUGCGAGGGAUCGCAGAACAAGAAUAUUCCAGGCGUCAGAUGAGGAGGUGAGCGUCAACUGGGGAGACGUGGACCUGAGGAAUGUCACGGAUACCAUCAGAAUGGAUAGGAGGAACUCCAAAUUUUACAAUUCCCAGCUCUACCAGGAGUACAGUGAGACAGCUCAGAACAGGGAGAUCCUCAGUCAGUCUUGCUCUGACGCCCUCUCCAUCUACGAGGAGCUCCCUGUCCACCUGUCCCCCGUACCCUCCUCCCUGGCCCCCUCGCUCCCUCCGGCCCGCAGGCCCUUACCCCGUCUCCCCCCAGUCAUCCACCCCCACUCUCUGUCCCACUCUGGCUCUAACUCCAGUGGCACCAGUGCCAAGUUCCUUCCCGUACCACAGCCGCCCCAGGCCCCCCCGGCCAGGACUUCCUCUCCCCGCCUCUCCGUCUCCCUCACCCAGUCCCCCAGCUUGUGGCAGGAGAUCCCUGAGGUCAGGAACAGUGCUGAGUUUGGGGAGCUGACUGACAACCAGAGACGCCUGCAGGAGGUGCAGUUUGAGGUUGUAACUUCAGAAGCGUCGUACUGUCGUAGUCUGGAUAUUGUGGUGGAUCACUUUGUCAAGUCUAAGCAGCUCGGGGAGCUGUUGACUACUCAGGACAGGAGCUGGCUGUUCUCCAGGCUGGCUGAUGUCCGAGCCAUCAGCCACAGUUUUCUGUCGAAGCUGGAAGAGAGGGUAGAAUCUGAUAUGAUGCACUUCACCGUGUGUGACAUCAUCGCUCGCCACUGUCAACGCUUCAAGAAGGUCUACGUGCCCUACCUCACCAACCAAUCAUAUCAGGAUGCCACUUACCAGAGACUCAUGGAUGAGAACCAUGGGUUCAGGCGGGUAGUGGAGAAGUUGGAACGCGGUCCAGUGUGUCAGCGUCUUCCUCUUCGCUCCUUCCUCAUCCUCCCCUUCCAGAGGAUCACACGAAUCAAACUCCUUGUGCAGAACAUUGUGAAGAGAACAGCCCAAGGCACAGAGGAGGAGGUCCAGGCCAUCAAAGCUAUGAAGCUACUGGAGAGGUUGAUCCAGGAGAGCAAUGACAGUAUUACUCAAAUGAAGAGCAUUGAGUCGCUGGUCUCUCUCAGUGCCAGAGUGGACUUUGAAUGCAGGACUCUCCCCCUGGUCAGUCAGUCUCGUAGGCUGGUGAGAGAGGGACCGGUGACUGAGAUGAUGGAUUUCUCUCUGAAGGAGACAGAGAGGAGUGUUUACCUUCACCUUUUCAAUGACUACCUGCUGCUGUCGCUGAACAAAGAAGGGGGCAGGUUCACGGUGAUAGACCAUGCUCCAGUGUCAGAACUGAGAGCUGAGAACUGUCGGGUCAAACUGCACUCUCUAGAGAAGAACCUUUUCCGCCUCCACCUUAACAAGAAAGCCCUGCUACUUAGCACCGACACACAAGGUGAUAAACUGCGUUGGAUCUCAGCUGUCUCCAGGCCCCAUCCUGUUAUUGACUACUCUACAGCACAAGACUUCACACAGAUGCAGUGCGUCCGAGCCUUCGUUGCCCACCAACCAGACGAGCUGUCCCUGGAGAAGGCAGAGGUCAUUCUCGUCCACCAGCAGAGCAGCGACGGUUGGGUGGAGGGGACCAGGCUGUCAGACAGACACAGAGGAUGGACUCCUGAGUCCCACUUGGAAACCAUAGCCAGCCUCAGGGUCCGACAGCGCAACCUGUUGGACGCUCUAAAAAUUACCACAGCCACGGCUGCAGUUUGACAAACCAACCACUGCCUGACUACGCUGGGGGAAUCCUAGUCACUGUGUUACUGGGGACAUAUGGAUUUGGACAGUGGAUGAAACAUAGUGUUUCAGACUGGAGUUGUCCCUCCCGGCCUCACCCUGCUUAUUGGGGAUGAAUGGCAAGGGGAUGAAUGGCGUUAGAGGGGGUGCCUUAGAGAUAGGCACUGGACUGACAUGAAUACCUUUAACACUUACAGGAGUGUCAACGUAAAUGAUUGGAGGGGUUUGGAGGUGCCUGGGAGUGUCUAGGGUAGCCUUGUAAAUCAAACCCUGGCAAUGAAUGUCGAUGGACUGUUACAGGAUCAUUUGGAAAUCAGCCAUCUAAGAACAUCAGUGGAUUGAGGACCUGUAGCCCCGGAGAAGUACAGAAGUUUCUCCAUAACUACUUUACUUGGGGACAUGGUAUGGGGCCUCCCGAGUGGCGCAGCGGUCUAAGACACUGCAUCGCAGUGCUAGAGGCAGACCUGGGUUCGAUCCCAGGCUGUGUUGCAGCCGGCCGCGA